AUGGGUGCUGUUGCUUCGCAGAGUUAUUGUAUGGGAGGCUUCCCGCCUCUAGCUAAUGGAAGAAGUAGUGCUCUAAGUUUGAAAACCGAAGAACAUAUCACAUCAGAUUCUAAGUUAGCAAGCACUAAUGCAACCGGUACUGCGACCGGUCCUUUGCUGCCUUCUAAUCUUAUUGACAGAACCUGUAGUGGUUCCGGAUAUGGGUUGCCAUUAUUGGUACAACUAACGAUUGCCAGACAAGUGCAGCUAGAAUAA